AUGUACCACCACGGUAGUAACCAGGACGGAGAACCUUUCGUUAUUUGGUCUACAGCUUGGGACACGUUACCCCGGUUUAACUCUGGCCAUCGCCCCAUCCAGGAAUCGCCAUCGCCACCGCCAUUGAUUGGCGAUGACAUUACCUCGGACGAAGGAACGGAGACUGACCGGGUUUCGGACACUGCGCUCGACAAUGGUCAAUAUGUUAUUUACGAAACUUGCGGGGUGGCAAUCCACGACGAGGCGUGUCCUGGCGUUAGUGCUUCUACUGGGGAUGUCUUUCCGCACAUAUCCCAAGGCGGCUUGAACGAUAAAUCACGGCCUGAUGACGACCUCUCGUUUCAAGCACUGCUGGACCAGGACCGUGUUCUACGGGAUUUGACUUGGCUGGCUGCUGCUCGCUGGGACGAAUUUGAAAGGCCUCUGACUCACAUGAUCAACCGCUGGCUCGCUUUACCCCCGAAGACACUUGCGAAAGUUCUGUUCUACCACGCAACUCGAAAUUCGUCUUAUGCCGCUCCUCUCACCACCCUGAUUCUCCUGAUCUGUAAAUACGGCGCGGUCCGGCAUGGAGUAACCUAUGCGCGAGACGUGAGAGCUGCUAUUGAAAUCGUUACCGUUGAGGCAGUGGAAGAUUAUUGGCUGAACGGGAACAGAUUAACGUCCGUUGUCUACUUUCACAUGGGUCUCCAUCUGCAGCGAUACUCGGUUAACAUCUCUGCGUUCUUGGGAGCAGUUCUCGGCGGUGGCAUCGUGCCCAUGCAGCUCUUGUUCCCCGUGGUACAUAACAUUCUUCCCAGCCAACCCAGGUCCUCCAUGGCAGCAAAUGAUGCAGAGCGCGCAGAGGCCAUUUACACGCUGUUAUCUUACGUAGUCAGAAGGCUUUGCGUCAAGGAGAAGAAAAGUGGAUGCGGCAACGAACGAAUUUUGGAAAACCGCAAGUCGUUAAAGCGUGUGUCAGCAUAUCUACUUCAAGAACUAGGCUACUCCGCGAGGGGUCUGUCUUCGACCUCCGACCACCUGAACGAAAAGACUCGUAGUCGGUAUUUUGCAAGUCUUUCUGCUGUUUUCAUCAUUUCCGGUAUUUCUAAUCAGUGUCGCAGGAUAUUCUUUACAUUCUUCGCGACGCUCACUCCCGAGAUCCAUCGGUCACUUUCUCUGGCCUGA